UACAUUAAUUUCUCAUAUAACCAUUAAAACAAACCAAUGGAGGAGUUAUCUAAUUUCAUUACCUGGUGUUAUUUGUAUAUUUAAAAACUUGAGAACAGUUGCUUUUCUUAAAUUUGGCAUUUAUAAGCGUUAUAAUAAAUUAUAUUAGGUUACAAGUAAUUUAGCAGACACUUUUAUCCAAAGCGACUUACAGAUAAUAAGCGAUAUGUCAUACAGGAGCAAUAAUACAAUUGAUGCUAAUACCAAGUUACUAGUUUCAACAAACGCCAGACCAAUACCUGUUGAGAGAAAGACGUAAUAAAUAUAUAAAACAUAUGAAAAUGUGAUUUGUGCAAAAUUCAUCUAAAACUAUUUUCAGCUUUCUAGCUCUGACAUUCUUUCUUUAGAAGUAACGUUUAAAGUUUAUUCAAUGUUUAGUAUAGUAAACAACUUAACAUUUUCAUAAUGACUGUAAAAAUAAAAAAUAGGUGUUUUUCUUCCACAAGUACAGUAUGUGCGAAAUUAAUAAAUUGAAACCAAUAUAGCUUUAGCUUAGUUUUAUUUUCAUUUUCGGUCAAUGCAAAGUGUUCUUAUUUUGUUCGAAGAAAGGUCGGACCUUUAUUUUGAAAUGCCACAGCAGGAGAUGACGUGGCAGUAAUCUGCUGUAGUUGCAGAUAUGUGCAAAUCGCUUACAGUAAGGUAAAGGUUAGUCCAGCUGCUUCUGCAUAUUUGUCCGUUUCUGUUUCAUGUGUUUUUUAAUCUAAUUUUACAAAGAAUAAAUGUAGCACGUGCAUGCGUCUGCUUUACAAAUAAACAAUAAACUGAUAUUGUGACUGAAUAUGAAUUCCUGUGUUUUAAGAUACAUUUUCCUUCCCAUACGGACAGUGUCAAUGUUAUUUUUUUCUGAUGACAACAUCAUCGUGUUUCUAACAUUUGUGGGGAAAAAAACAUUUUGCAGUGGCCUAUGCUUGUAUACAUAAACAGUAAUAUACAUUAUAGUGAGUUUACUGUACAUCUGAGCAGCCAGGUGAAUUUAAUACAAUUCGAAUACUUAAUUUAUCAAUUUAAUAUAUUCUGGUUAUUUCUCCAUUAAAUAAAGUAUUAAACAAACACAUUUGUCUUUGAUAAAUAAUCUUUUGUUUAUAUAAAUACUUUAUUCAAAUAAAGGACAGUGUUGCUUCUCUGGUUGAUUGACACUAGCAACAGACGCCACAUCAAAUUAGACACUUUAUUUUUAACCUUUUGACAGGCUUUGUACCCUUAGAUCGUAAUUUCUGUUUUACCAUUUAAAGUAAUUGAAAUCAAACUGGAACUGUACACAUUAGAAAUGCUCUUUAAUAAUUUACAAUAAACUAAUACACUGUAUCCAUAACAGUGUUCUAUUACUUUGUAAAUCAACAAUAGGGGAUGUGCAUCACAGAUUAUUAAAUACGAAAGUAUAUCAUUUCGAUUUUUUAAAAAGCAAUAUUGGAAAACACCCCAUUUAGAUUUUAACAUUGUUCUUCUUAUAAUCAUUCAGCAGACAUUCUCUAAUCCAAAACAACAGUUUACAGUAAAGUGUUUGCCAAAACACACUCGGGCAGCUUUUGAAUCACUUUAUAUCUGAAGGUUGAACCAACAAUCUUUGGCCUCAACCUUUAACCACUAAAGCACUUUUGAUUGGACAGGUAUCAACCUAAAAUCCAGCGAUGGAAGAUGACAUACAAGAAGAAGUUCUUUCACAGUUCAAAGAAAAGCGACUGGGUGGCUGGCAACUCUUGCAGCUGACUGCAGGUACGGGUUUGGCGGUCUAUGCCGUUUGGGCUGGAGUUAUAAUGCCUGGCUUUCGCAGGGUGCCACUAAAAUUACAGGUUCCCUAUAUGCCGGCUAGCAGAUCUCAAGUAUGUAACGUUAUGACUCUGCUGAAGGGCAGAUCUGGAGGCAUCGCUGACCUGGGGUCAGGUGAUGGCAGGAUUGUAUUAGAGGCGUGUCGUCAGGGCUUCUCUCCAGCAGUGGGCUAUGAGCUUAACCCCUGGCUUGUUCGCCUUUCCUGUUUUCACGCUUGGAGAGCUGGAUAUCACAGAAGUGUUUCAUAUCGCCGAGAAGACCUGUGGAAGGUCGAUCUCUCAACCUAUAAGAAUAUCACAGUAUUUCUGGCCCCUAGUGUGCUAAGCCUCUUACAAAAGAAAUUACUGUCCGAGCUUCCUGAAGAUGCCUUGAUUGUAGCGGGACGUUUCCCGUUCCGUGAAUGGACGGCGUGUGAGGUGGAGGGAGAGGGUGUGGACAGAGCGUGGGCCUAUCACGUACGAGAACUGAGAGAGCGAUGUCAAUCAAAGAGUGAAAAUCCAUCUAACCAAACCAGAUAAUCAUUUUAUAAUCAGACUUCUUAUUUUAACUUCAUUUUAGAUUGUGUGAUGAUUUUACUGAAUUGUUGUUUGCACAAAAUAUUUUUAAAGGAAUGUAUCUUAUAAUAUAACAUAAAAAAUUAGAUAUACAUCUUAAAAAGUUGUAUUUACUCUCCCCGAAGUUACAAAACACUGAACUUGACAAAAACAAAGCUGAUGUCUGUGUGGGUUCCUUAAAGUUGUUUAAGCCUGUGGAUAACUUCCUGUUUCUUAAUGUGGCCGAUAAUGUUUUGUGUGUGUAUUUAAGGAUCUUAAGUAUGUAUCUUUCACAGACAAAAGUAAUAAAUUAUAUGUAUUGUAUU